AUGGCGGGCUUUAGCAUGAACAAGGUGCUAGGCACCAUUAAAAAACGGCCGACAUUUGGUGGGAAUGGCAGCGCCGCCGACAACGCGCCGAUAGAUCCCGCGAACGAUACCCCUGAAAACAUUGCUUCGCGCUCCGCGGGCGACGAUGUUAUUUUCCUCCCAUUGAUCGUUGAGGCUGCCGUUGCCUCGCCCGCCGCUGCCGCAGAAGCCGCCCGCGUGAUCCGCAAGUACCUGCACCGCGACUACUGGUCGAAGCCGUCGUACCAAUACAAUGCCAUCAUGCUCAUUCGGAUCCUGGCCGACAACCCGGGCCCCGGGUUCACACGGUACAUGGACAAGAAGUUUGUCGAUGCGACGAAGGAUCUGUUGCGGACCGGCCGGGACCCAAGCGUGCGCCAGCUUCUGAUGGAAACACUGGACUCGUUCGAGACCUCGAAGGCGUUGGACGAAGGACUGGGUCCCACCAUCGAGAUGUGGAAGAAGGAGAAGGAGAAGGCAUACAGGGCGUAUGGGGGAACAUCCGUUGCACCAGUACCACCACCCAAUAUGAUGCAGCCUUUCAACCCGUACCAACAAGCCCACCAUUCCCUACCUCAUCACCGGCCGGUCCACGCGAAACCCCUCCCGGACCCGGUCGAGCUCGCAAACCGACUUGAGGAGGCUCGAACAUCGGCCAAGCUCCUCGAGCAGGUCGUCGCGUGCACCCCACCCUCGGAGGUCCUAUCCAACGAGCUGAUCAAGGAGUUCUCGGACCGGUGUUCCAGCGCAUCCCGCAGCAUACAGGGGUACAUGGCCGCCGACAGCCCCGGCCCGGAUAACGACACGAUGGAGAGCCUGAUCGACACCAACGAGCAGCUCCAGCAAGCGCUCAACCACCACCGCCGCGCCGUGCUCCAGGCCAAGAAACAACUCCACGGAGCCGACAGCCCAGCCAGCGAAUCCAGCCCGGCUCCCCAACUACCACCCGUGGCCGAGGAAACCCGGCCGCCUGUCAGCCCGCCCGUGCCCGCCCGACGGGCCGGCGGUAGCGGCUUCGGUGGUAGCAGCUUCGGCGGCGGCGGCCUCGGCAUCAGCAGCGGCAAGGGUAAGGCAAGCCUCGACCCCUACGACGCAGCCGCGGCCGCGACCGCCGCAUCCCCAAUCGCCGGCCCGUCCCGUUCCGGAAACGGGACGCCCCGCCACGACGACACCGACGACGACGGGCAGGAUCCGUUCCGCGACCCACCAACCGAGACCGCCACCCACUACCACGCGUCCGGAUCGUCAUCGUCCCGGCCCGUCGGCGGGGCAAGUGAUACCCAACAACGGCUUUCCUUUGAGCCUUUCCAUCCUGGGUUUGGUGGCGGCGCCGGUGGCUCGUCUUCGGCUGCAAGGGGGGCUGAGAAGGGGAAAACGGAGCCGGUUACGCCUGUUUCAGAUGAGGGUGGAUCGGAUGUGUACGGGGCGACACCUAGGGUUGAUGACCAUGUUUACCGUUAUUAA